AUGCGGCUAUCCUUUAUCACGCAUUUUGGCGCGUUGGUAAUUUUGUUACAUUUAGUAAUUGGCACUGGUGCGGAAUGGAAGAAUCUUAUCGAGGUGAAAGUGCCAGAAGGAAAACCGGAAGAUUACGUAGUUUACAGACUACCGUUUCCCACUAAAGGAGAGGAGUACAUGCUAUUUUACGCACAGAAAGGGGACGCGCUUGACAAGGUCGGUUUAUUCAAGGUCUCUAAAAUUGGUGUCAUCACAACUGUUCAACCUUUGAUUUACGAGAAGGGAAAACCAAACGAGUACGAUUUGACCGUAGUUCGAAGGUCUUCCAAAGAGACAGAUGGAGGCCUGGCGACAACAGUUCGAGUGAUGGUACAAGACGUGAAUAACUUCCCGCCAGUUUUCGCAUACAGUCUCUACAAUGGUUACAUCAAAGAAAAUUCUCCAGAGGGAACUGUGGUAAUGGGCUUGGAAAAUUGCUAUGCUGAUGACCGGGAUACCUCAGGUGUAAGAGAUUACAAAAUAAUAAAAGGAAACGAGAAAGGUUAUCUUAGAGCCGUGAAAUAUGACGUUGGUGAGCACAGUUUUUUACAGCUAAAGGCAACCAAUCGACCGAUCAAGCGGGACGCGAAAAAACCUUUUUUGACGUUGACUGUUGAAGCAGAAGAUAUGGGCAAUCCGCCAAAAACGUCACAAACCACAAUCGAAGUGUUAAUUGAAGAGGUGAACGAUUAUGUUCCUGUAUUUGAUAAAAGCAGCUACAAACGAGAAAUAAGCGAAGAUACUCCUAUUAUGAUGCAAAUUCUCAGUGUUCGAGCAACAGACAAAGACCAAGGAAUUAGCGGUCAGGUUUAUUAUUUCUUCCAAACAUUGUCGAGUUAUUUUACGGUAAACGCCUUUACAGGUGCCAUUACGCUGGUGCGUGAGUUGGAUUAUACACAGGCAGACCAGCGAGUGCACCGGUUGACUGUCAUCGCACGGGAUGCAGGAACACCCAGUAAACAGUCCACGGCUACUGUUACCAUCACUGUUCCCGUGGAUAUUUCCAACUUCCCUCGCCCGGCUUCCACGACUUCCAACCAAGAAAAUGCGGCACCAUUUUUUCCUAGAGCACCGUACCACUUUACACUUCACACAUCGUUUCCCAUCAGGGGUAGUCUUGGUGUUAUUUUGGCAGUGGAUGAAGAUCCACCGGGAUCCAACAGUGCUCUUCGUUAUGCGCUGCAAAAUCCGUCCGGCGAUUUCACUCUAGAUUCCAACAGCGGUGUUCUGACAGUUAACAAGGAACUCGACGCGAAGACAUACAUCUUGUCGGUAAAGGCUGAAGACCAGGGUAACCCACCGAAAGGCGCUGAGGCACAAGUUAAAAUUGAAGUCGAAUCCAUAGAUAAUCCAUUCAACCAUCCGACCUUCAGCAAUCCUAUACAAGUAAUAACGGUCCAAGAAAAUACUAAAAUUGGCACAUCUGUGUUCACAGCAUCGGUAGUCUCCGACGCGAGCACGGACAAAGGAGUAGUAUAUUCGGCAAUCUUCGGUUCUGCGCUGCCAUACUUUGAACUGAACGAAGAUACGGGUGUAUUGAAGACGGCCGCAGCACUCGAUCGAGAAAAGCACGGCAUGUAUGAAUUAAUGAUAGAAGCAAGGAACAAGGAGGAAAUUCCACGCCAUUGCCAUCUGUUUCUGAUAAUAAAAAUCGCAGAUGAGGACGACUCAUACCCUGAUUUCUCCAGGCCAGUUUAUAGCGCUAGUGUACCAGAGAAUAGCCAAAUCGGUACUUUUGUCACAGUCAUCCACGCCAUUGAUCAAGACAAUCCUUCAGUAUCUUACGACCUGUCCAUAUCGUCCUCUGAAUUUCAAAUAGAGGCAGGAACUGGAGUAAUCAGGACGAAAAGAAAGCUCGACCGAGCAAUUGGAGACAGGAAAUUUCUCCUUCAUGUGACAGCAAGUGACGAAGGGGGAAAGACUGCGCACGCGAAUGUGGACAUCAAUGUGACCAGCGCACACGAUUCUAGUCCAAAGUUUGCUCUGGAAAAGUACCAGGCCUCACUGCGAGAAAAGCAGGGAAUGGUUCCUAAUUUGUUGUGCAUAGCUGCGACUGGAAGUAACGGCCCAGUGACAUAUUCGAUCAAAUCGGGAGCCAAUGAAAGAUUCACCAUCAACGAGAAUACAGGUACCUUGUCAGUUUUAGAUUCCUUCGAUUACAGGACCGAGAAAGGGUAUGUUCUUACAGUCGUAGCCAAAGGCGAGAGCUCCUCAAAAACGUCGUCAACUACAGUGACACUGUCAAUUACAAACGAUGACGGCCCGCCGGUCUUCGUUAAGAAAAGCUAUGAAGUUGUAACUCAAGAAAACGUUAAUGUUGGAACAGCUCUACUUGUCGCUGGUGAUGGAUUUCGUUUCUCCACCGACGGUAGGCCCGCAACCGAUUUUGUCUGUUCCCUAGAUGAUAUCACGAGUAGGGAAAUACUGGAUCACUUUCAAGUGGAUAGAAUAGGUUACGAAUGUCACGUAAAAGUGAUUAAAAAUUUUGUUCAAGUCUCCAACCGAGAAUUCACUUUUCAAGUCCGCGUGACAGACAUCAAUCAAAGGAACCUGUUUGAUAAGGCUGGCGUGACGGUAAAAAUAACAGACACGAACGACUAUGCCCCCGAGUUCACGCAAUCCUCCUACUGGGUUUCCAUCGCCAGUGACACUUCCCUGGGAACCAGUUUAGUACAAGUGACUGUCUUUGACAGAGAUACCCCUGGAAAAACUGAGUUUGUUUUAGAGCUCUUAUCCGAGGGUGCGGAUGACAGAUUUCAAAUAGACAGCGAUGGCAUAGUUCGCACGAUUACAUCGGGUCUACCCGAAAACAGAAUUUUCAACCUCAAAGUCAAGGCGAAAGAAACAGGUACCGAUCCCCAACAAGAGAGCGAGGUGUCAUUGAAAAUCUCCGUGCAAAGGACGCCUUUCGUUCCGGUCGAGUUUGGCAGUAACAGUUACCUUCAAUCUCUCACUGAAGACGCAACCGUCGGAGCAUCAGUGUUCACCGUGAGUGCUUCGCGAUCAGGUUCAGACUCCGGAACCCUAACAUACUCCAUAGUAGGCGGAAAUCUGGACAAUGCUUUCAAAAUCGAUACCAGCAGCGGUAAGGUGACCUUAGCUAAGAAUCUUGACUAUGAAACUACCAAGAAGUACAACUUGAUCAUCCGGGCAACUUUUGAUUUCUCCGAUGGAAAUAUUCCGGAUGUUGCAGCCGAGGUUACAGGCCAGGUUACUGUGCAGGAUGUUAAUGACAAUAGUCCCAGGUUUCUCCUUUACAACCGACCGACAAAAAUUGCGAUUGAGAGCUAUACACCAAGUGCCACGGAAGUGAUGAAGGUGACGGCAACAGAUGAGGAUACGGAAAACUUUGGCUCUGUAUCGUAUAAUAUUCAUGACUCCGCAAGUAAUCCAUCCGUUGACAUUCCAUUCUCCAUAAACUCUGUCACAGGCUCGCUCAAGACCAACAGAGAAAUCAAAUUUUCAGAUGGAAGCUUCUAUGCGAUAGUAGUAAGGGCUGUAGAUGGAGCCAGCCGAGAAACUGCCGUGACCAUUGAAAUAACAGUCUUGAAUAUCGGCAAGCCUCCGACAUUCAAACAAGAAGAGUACUUGAAAAGCGUUAGUGAGAAAAGUCCCGUUGGUACCAGUGUGAUCGACAUAAAAGCUGACCAUAACGACCCCACUGCCCCAUUAAAAUAUGCAAUCAUCAAUGGUGACCCCGAGAACAGAUUCUGUAUAAACUACUUGGGUGUUAUUAGUGUGGCGCAGCCCCUGGAUCGCGAGAAGGUGCCAUCAUAUGAGCUCUCAGUAAUGGUGUCCCUAAAUAACAAAAACAGUACCACCGUUGUCAAAGUUACCUUGCAAGAUGCCAACGAUCACGCACCGUCUUUUGAGAAGUCAAUUUUGGUCAUAAAUGUCCCUGAAAAUGAAGUCAAUCUCAAUUUAAAACGUUUGAAGGCAAUUGAUCAGGACAAUGGUGAUUACGGAAAAGUAACUUACUCCAUCAUACAGAGUGUCAGGAGUGACACUAAAGAGCUUUUUGAGGUAGAGCCCGAUAGCGGUUGGGUCAAACUGAAAAAGCCUCUGGAUCGUGAGAAAGCUGCUGAACAUGUGCUGUUCAUCAGGGCACAAGACGGUGCACAACCAGAACCACUGAGCGAUAUUGUCAAGUUAAUUAUCCGAGUAACAGACGUAAAUGACAACAAACCACGUUUCUCUACUUCUUCUUACCAAGCCUCAAUACCUGCCAACCUCAAACAUGGAAGUAAAGUAGUCCAAUUAUCCGCCACAGAUCUAGAUAGUGGUGCCAACAGACUGUUAUAUUACACCAUAAAGAAGGGCAACAAGGACGGUAUUUUUGAGAUAAAAAAUGACAACGGACUUAUCACCCUAGGCAAUAGGCCUCUAGCGUCUGCACUCCAGGACACAUUCACUUUAAUUGUGGAAGCCGCCGAUGAAAAGGACAGAAAUAAAAAAGACGAAGCAACGGUGUUGAUAAAUGUGUUUCCUCCUGAUGGACCCCCGCGGUAUCCAGAUCCUUCGUUAAGUUUCGACAUACAGGAGGGAAUCUUGGCUGGACAGAAGAUCGCAUCAGCAGCCGCAGCCACCACAGAGUACGUCAUUUACACCAUACUGUCGGGUAACGAAGAUGGUGUGAUUCAAAUUGAUCCUUUCUCGGGGGAUCUAGUGACGGCUCAAGAGCUCGAUUAUGAAAAAGCCGAUCGGUAUGAAUUGCACGUAAUGGCGCAAGAUAUCAAAGGACGGAAAGCUGAAGUCAAAAUCAUCAUCAACGUCAUAGAUAUCAAUGACAACAGCCCGUUCUUCAUCGAUGAGGUCAAAGGGAAGGUCGAUCAAAGAGCAACGGCAGGUGCUCGUGCAGGUGACGAAGUGGCCCAAAUAGUAGCAUAUGAUCUAGACAAUGAGUCUUCCAUGAAGUACAAAUUAUCCCCUGAUGCAGAGGCUUACAUUGAUAUUGACGACCAGGGAAUUAUUCGUGCCAAAAGAACUCUUGACGGUACUAUUCCCGGAAAGCGCUCUACUGAACCUUUAAGGACAUUAAAUUUCAAUUUAGAGGCUCGUGAUGGUGCCAAUCCACCGAAUUCUGUAACAACAUCUGUGCGCCUGGCAUUUACUAAUGACCAAGCAGGCCAAAACACUGUGGCCUUAAGGGUUAGGGAGGACACGCCGGUCGGUAAGGUUUUUGCCGUGACUCCCAGAUACAUUCCUGGUGGAAAGUUCUCCAUCUUGUACCCAGAAGAGACCCCUUUCUCUGUCGACGAGGAGGGCAGAAUUCAACUCAAAACGUCACUCGAUUUUGAAACUCAAGCGGUGUACACUCUGACAGUCCGAGAAGAAGCUUUUACUUCCAGUGGUCCCAUCUUCAACGAUAUAAACUUCGAGAUCUCUGUCGUAGAUGUCAAUGAUAACGAUCCCCGAUUUGAAUUGAGGCAAAGGCACGGAACAGUGAACGGUAACGCUCAGGCUGGUGCUUCGGCUUUGAAACUUUACGUAUCGGAUGCAGAUACUGAUGCGAAUGGACUUGCAGGUUACCAACUUGUCACCAGUAACGCUCCCUUUGGCAUUGACCCGUUGGAAGACACUCUAAAGGUUGGCGGCCCUCUAAUGAAGUCUCAGUACGACCUAGAGAUACGUUCAUUCGAUUAUGGAGUACCUCGACGCCAGAACAGCCCAUUAAAACUUCGAUUAGAUGUUGGACAACUGCCUCCAAGAUUUAUCGACUUUCACGACGAUGGGUACAAGUUUGAGGUGCCCGAAGACGCUAGGGGUGGGACUGUAAUAGGAAAGAUCCAAGCUUUAAGUGUCUCAGGUAGCAGAGUGGGAUAUAAGAUUUCAGAUGGAAACUCAGGUAAUAGAUUUCGAAUCAACAGUGAUGGUGAAGUCAUGCUCAAUUUUCUCCUGGAUUACGAGACACAAGCAAAAGAAUAUGAACUGCAGGUGGAGGCUAUCGAGAUGAUUCCUUCCGGUCUGAUCUCUUCAAUCGAUGUCAAAAUCUUAGUUUUGAAUGCUAAUGACCACCAUCCUAUGUUUGAACAAGGAUCGUACACGGCUACCGUGCCAGAAGACGCGGCCUUCGGGAGCUCGAUAUUGACUGUAGCCGCUACAGACUGUGACUGUAGCCAGGAUUGCAGUUGCUCUUCAGGGCAGUUGAGCUACUCAGUGAAAGAUACCGAGUAUUUCACAGUGGAUCCCGACACUGGAGUUAUAUCACCAGCACGUUCUUUGGAUUACGAACGCAUUAUAACACACAUAUUUCAAGUCCGUGCAUCUGAUCAUCUGAGGAAUAAAACGAACGCAGCUUUGGCGUAUGUUAAGAUCAAUGUUACGAACGUGAAUGACAAUCAACCCAGGUUUGCAAAUCCCGAGUAUAGUUUCUCCGUCGACGAAGAUGCACAAGUUGGGAUAGGAUUAGCGGUGAUUGAAAUUCAUGACGAUGACCACGAUGAAAUUACAUAUUCCAUAGUCCAAGGGAGCAGCCCUUUCACAAUAGAUGCUAGAACUGGGGUCAUUUCUCUUUCACGAAAACUUCCCAGCAGUCCUUGGGAAUAUACGUUCACCAUUCGAGGAACGGAUUCAAACGGAGCCUUCAGCGACGCGAAAGUUUUCAUGACCAUCAGGGAUAAGAACAACAAUCGACCAGUGUUCGAAAAGUGCGAGGACUCUACAGUGACAGAGAAUCUAUCCCCCGGACAAGUAGUUACCCAGAUUGUGGCUACAGACGUGGACAGGGGUUUAGGUGGAGAAGUAGAAUACAGUCUGGCGUAUGGCGAUGAAUUCUUUGAGAUUGAUAAUACCACUGGUGUGCUAAAAACCACUGUCACCUUCGACCGAGAAGAAAAAGCCGAAUAUAAAGUCGUUAUCAAAGUUGAAGACGGUGGGCAUGGUCGAAGCUCCUCUGAACGACUUCUGAGGUAUUGCAAGCUGGAAGUCAUCAUUGGAGAUGUAAAUGAUAACUACCCCUAUUUUCCAGUGUGGACCUACGAAGGAAGCGUUUGGAAUAACGCCGAGAUAGGAACCUCAGUCAUGAGAGUUCACGCGUUCGAUUCGGAUGCAGGCGUGAACGCCAAUGUAGAAUACCAUUUGGAACCCGAUGACAAGUUCGAGAUAUCAGAAAGGGGCGUCAUAUCAACCAAAGUGUCACUGGCAUCUUUUACGGGAAAAAUGACAUUAACUGUCUUACCUUCGAAUACGGAGCCGAUGACUGCUGGUGCAGAUAAUAGUGCGGAUCGGAGUACAAAUAUUGAAAUCUUUGUCUCAGACCUUCCACCUCCGGAGUUUACGAAGGCAAUAUAUACCGCUUCAGUCCAGGAAAAUCAAGUUGCAGAUACGACAGUCCUAACAAUUCAAGCAGUUUCUAAAAACAACCAACCGUUAACAUACACUCCCUUAUUCACCUGGCAAUUUGCCUCAGAGUUCUUUCACAUCAAUCCUCAGACUGGAGAGAUCAAGACAGGUGGUAAGGCACUUGAUUAUGAGGAGCUUAAGAUAUUUCGUAUGCAGUUCAAAGCAUCCGAGAGCAAGACACUUUUUUCCACUUGCCUCGUGGAGAUUCGGAUCACUGAUGUCAACGACAACACCCCAAUAUUUGGAACGGAGUUUUACGAGGGUAGGGUUCUCGAGAAUUCUCCGCCGAAUUCGGAGGUCCUUCAAGUGCAUGCGUACGAUCCGGACACUGGAGGUGGGGGACUUUUGACUUACUCCAUCAUUGAAAGCGACACUACCGAUGGAAAGUAUUUCAGUAUUGACUCCAGCACUGGACUUAUAAGAACGAAGGAAACAUUUGACCGCGAGGUUGCUGAUGAAAAGCACUUCACUGUCUUAGUCGAAGCUAAAGAUAAAGGAGGCAAGUUUGGGAGGAGCUAUGUUGAUAUCGAAGUCGUCGAUGACAAUGAUGCGGGGCCAGUGUUUGCUACAACUCAGUAUUCUCUGAGCGUCAGGGAAGAUGCUGAGUUGGGUUGGAUUUUGCACUCCUUUACCGUGCAAGAUAUUGAUGUUGGUCUUAACUCUUUAGUAAGUUUUUACAUCUCGUCUGGAGAUGUAAGACAUGCAUUUCAUCUGGAGACAGUGUACUAUCCUCAAAAUGUUGGGCAGCUCAUUGUCGAUGAUAAGCUUGAUUACGAAACUGAUAAGGAGUACAAUCUGAAGAUCAUCUCUACAGACGGAAGAACAACAAGUCAACCGCCAGCAAGGGUUAGAAUCGAGGUUAUAGACGUUAACGACAAUGCCCCGGUGUUCAAUCAACUUCGUUAUGAUGCAACUGUGGUGGAAGGCAGUCCAGGAAGCCUGCUUGUGGUGACAGUAAGUGCUACUGACAUCGACACGACUGGCGAGACUAUUUCUUACUUCUUAGACAAACAGGGCGAGAUGUUCUUCACGAUUGGUCCAGAGAAUGGGGAGAUACGUACUAGUGGGAGACCGCUGGACAGAGAGGAAACGCCUGUGUUGUAUUUCAAGGUCCAGGCUACUGACGGAAUUUUUAUUGGAUCUGCAGGUGUAAAGAUCGUUGUUCUCGAUAUCAAUGACAAAGCACCCUACUUUCCAAGUCCUCCAUACAUUGGUACUAUCGAGGAAAACAACCCUCCGGGCACAAGCGUGAUUGUCGUACAAGCUAUCGACGAAGAUGACCCAAAAGAGAAUGGGAACACCGACCUAACCUACUCUCUAGAUGACGAUAGUGACGGGCUCUUCGUGAUUGACAGUAAAACUGGGCUCAUAUCCAAUACUAUGACCUUUGAUAAAGAAGGGGACCCGGACGAGUACAACGUCACCGUGAGGGCGACAGACAAUGGGACUCCCCGACAGCUUAGCGGCACAACAGUGGUAACUAUCAGAGUAGUAGACGCCAACGACCAUAAACCGAUAUUUGAACCUCUGGAGUAUAGAGCGUCUGUCCCGGAAAAUGCAUUUCCCGGAUUCUUCGUGACACAAGUUAGCGCUACAGAUAUAGAUUUGGGCUUCAACGGUAAAUUUGAGUUUACCACGGUGUCUGGCAACGAUCCCUAUGCGUUCUACAUCAACCCUGCUACUGGUGCGAUAUUGGUGUCGGGAGAGUUAGACUAUGAAACACGACCAAGUUACACUCUGAAGAUAAACGUAUCCGACCUAGGUAUCCCCCAACAGACUUCUUCAGAGCUUGCUUCCGUGUUCAUCACCAUCAUAGACGUAAAUGACCAUCCUCCGAUCUUUGUGCCAGAUACGUACAGCAUAUCCAUUAACGAAGACGAACCCGUUGGUUCUUCUUUACUAAGUUUGGUGACUAACGAUCUUGACAAGGGCAUUGAGACAAGGCUGUGGUUCACGGUCGAGUUUGGAGACUCAACUGACAGCUUUGACGUCAGACCUGAUCCAAAUAAUCCUAGUAUAGGUAUUUUAUACAUAACUGCUCCCCUGGACCGAGAAACAGUCAGCAGUUACAAGCUGGAGAUAAAAGCCGAAGAUGCUGAUGAACUCUUUGUCAUUUGCUUCGUGACAGUAACAGUACUAGAUAUCAACGACAAUGGGCCACACUUUAUCCCUCCUAUCUUCUUCGGCAGCAUCGUCGAAAAGGUGUCUACAGCGCAGUUUGUUGUGACGCUUAGUGCUUUUGACCCGGAUGAACCGUUUAAUGGACCACCGUUUGAAUACAAGAUACUCAAUGGAACGGUAGAGGGGAAUUUUUAUAUAGAGCCAAGUUCGAAGACCAGUACCACUGCCGAUAUCUACUCAUUGGCUUCAUACCAAUUCAACUAUGAAGAGAAACAAGAAUGGAAACUGUGGGUACAAGUAACGGACAAUGGCAAUCCUGCCAUGUCGAACAUAACUGUAGUCUACAUCGAGGUUAAAGAUUCUGUCAAUAACAACGCCCCUUUUAAUGCCACAAUGACGAUCAUUUUAAACUCGUAUCAGGGACGCUUUGCGGGGGGAGUUAUAGGAAAAGUUUACUACAGAGACAACGACUUUGAAGUGGAUGAAAACGGCUACACAAUUACGACGCAGAAUCCAGGAUCGUUUUUCACUUUGGAUACAAACACGGGCCACCUCUCUGCACCGGAAAAUAUUCCUGCGGGUAACUACGGACUUUUCGUACGUGUAACAGAAAAAAACAGAAAUCAGGCGUUACCACCCAAAGUUGUGUUCUCAGGCAUAACUGUUAUGGUUCGAAAUAUUUCACAAGCUGCCGUACUAAAAAGUACCACAAUACAGUUCGUGCAAAUCCAUAAAAAAGCUAUUUUCGUUGGUGAUUACUACUCGAAGCUUGUAGGGGUACUUCAAGAAAUUUUUAGCAACAAUGGUGGAGACUUCUUUGUACAAUACUACGUUUAUAUCUUCAGUAUACAAAUUGAUACAGACGACCCACAAGCUAUAAAUGUACAAUUAGCGGUAAACACCCCUAAAAACGAGUAUUGGAGUACAACUGAUAUACUGACGAAGCUGAUAGAGAAGAGAUCUUCGCUUGAAAGUAUCGGGCUAACUGUAAGCACCUUCGGUAUUGAUACAUGCGCAAAAGAAUACAACAAAACUGGUAUCUGCCGGAACGUGGUGAGCGCCUUCACUACGUUUACAGUGAUCAGCGGCGACUAUGGUCAAUUACCUGCACCUGACACCUCUCUCGCGUUUGUAUCAAUCGAUGUGAAACUUGAAGCAAAAUACUUUUUCUUCGAGAUUAAACCUGUUCUAAGAUGCUUAGAUAAGCCUUGUUUGAAUGGUGGCAUAUGUCAUGACGUUCAACCAGAAGGGAUUAUUUGCCAAUGCAAGCAUAAGUUCGCCGGGUUAGUUACUGGGCCUCUUUGCCAAGAAACGACUCGCACGUUCGAGGGAGGCCUGGGAGAAUCAUACAUCUGGCUUGAAAAGCUUGUGGCUUACGACAGGAAUGUUGUACAGCUGGAAUUCACCACAACAGUUGCAGAUGGUCUAAUUCUUUACCAAGGGCCAUUAUUGCAAGUGGGCGUCGGUCAGCCUCGUGAUUUCCUGGCCAUUGUUUUGUUUGGGGGCUUCAUUCGUGUCGUCGUAUCAUUGGGAUCACAGCCUUUAACUUUAACGAUGUCGCGUGGUCCUCGACUGGAUGAUAGUCAAUGGCAUUCUAUUGAAGUGCGUCAAGAGUUGAAGACGUUUACAGUCAUUAUUGACCAAUGCAAGAACGCACGUUUGAUACAGCUUGGGGAUCAGUUGGUGGAGGAUGAAAGCGAUUGUAAAAUAUCAGGAAAUGUCAGAGGAACCGAUGUUUUCCUGAACAGUAUUUGGCCACUUCAAAUUGGAGGGGUGGAAAACCCGCAAGUUUCAUAUCCAGACCUCAAUUACACGGGUUUUGUGGGAUGCAUACGAAAAAUUAUCAACAAUAAACAUAUGUACGAUCUCAAGAACCCCCUCAAAGUGGUCAACUCUCCCGAAGGCUGCACCUUGGCUCUCACCGCUUGUUCGUCUUGUAAUAACAAUGGAUACUGUGAACCGUACUUGGACAAGGAGAGCGUUUGUGUAUGUGAUGUGGGGUAUUCUGGAGACGACUGCUCGGCAUCGACUGUUGGGAAUUACUACUUGGAAAACAGUUACUCCCAGUAUUCCCUAUCAGCCUGGGAUUCAGCAGCAGCAUCGUCAUCAUCAUCGUCUUCUUCUUCCUUUUCGUCAUCGUCUUCAUUUUCAUCAUCGUCGUCAUCGUCAUCAUCAUCUUCGUCGUCAUCGUUAACCUCGUCAAGGAGAAGACGAGACGUUGCUCCAGCGCCCCAACCAGUGACGAGUGAAUAUUUCACGAACAUUGCCUUGAAAGUCAAAGCCUCGACAAGUACCAACACCAGCCUCGUAUUCCUGGCCACUAACAGCCUCGGAACCGAAUUUGUCAGGAUUGGCAUAUUGAACCAUGUACUUCGUUGUGUGUUCAGACUAGGAAGUAGGACAAAAGUCCUUUCGCUUCCGAACGUAAACAUCACCGAUGGUAAAACACACAUUGUCAAAGUGGAAAGAGUGGGUAACUACGCCACACUACAGGUUGACUACGCGGGGAAGGUGGAAGGAAGUACGGGAGGAAGCAGCAACCUGAUGAAUUUUGGUGGCGGGGCUCUGUUUUCCGGUGGUACCCGCCGGCUGACCGCGAUGCUUGUGAUGCGAGCGAUUGUGAAAAGCAACGGAAAGGCUAUUGUGCAAACGGCAGACGGCGGCCUCAUCUCGACUUUUACGUCCUUCUCAGGGUCUUUGUACGGAGUGAGUUUGAUAACUAUCGGAAAAAAGGGUGGUGUUACGGUCAAAAUAUUGAAGAAUGCGACCCUUAUUAGAAUGUACCAGAAACACAGCAUUCGAUCUGUGUAUAAUUCAAGUGCAGGGAAAGUAGUUUUAGGAAACGCCGGUGUAAGUGUUUCCGAAAUUCGAGUUAGUAACAGCAGCGCGCAAAGUGUUCAUCGGAUAUUACAACGAAGAAAUCAACAAAGUUCUGGAGAUCCGAGAGCGAAGGCUGGUCCUGGUGCUAAUGCGGUGGUCACUGGCGGCAAACUCAGUUCCGUGGCUGACUAUGGAUCGAGGCUGAAGCUGAGGCAGUCAACAGAAGGAAAGAGAAAUAGGUCGGACGUCGAUGAAUCUUACGCAGGUUGCAUCCCACAAAAUCGAUUCAAUGAUAUCGACGUAGACCAUGAAGGAAGUCCAGUGACAGUCGAGCGGCAAAAUGUUAUAUUUGGAUGUCCUUGUGAAAAGGGAGACUGCGCCAAUAACGGAACAUGUUUAAUAGAUACCACUUCGCCCCUGGUGAAUGUAUGUAAAUGCGCUGAGCCUUGGACUGGACUUCGAUGUUAUGAAAUCGUAGAAGACCCUGGAGGUGGAAAAACUCAACCGAAUACGCCUUCUCCGCCAGCGUGGAACUGGUUAGCCAUAUUAGCCGUUCUUCUCCUUCUCCUUAUCGCACUGAUCCUGCUUGGACUUUAUCUACUGUGGAAAAGGUGUAGGGAAGAUGCCACAGACGCAGGAACAGGACCAGCUAAGGCGGCAGUGGCUCCUACAGGACACGGGACAGUCAGGCCCUACUCUGCUGGGGCGGGGGAGAUGGACAGUACUGACUAUGAUCUACGUCAUUUGAUGAAGUACAUGUACACCGAGAAGGCUACAGGAAGCUCGGAUCUUGAGCAUGGCCAUGAGCAUGCCAAUAUUCGCGUGUACAGCGACGAUGGUAUCCGAGGGACAGACAACCUUCAUUUUGACUUAAGGCAAUUAACAUCUCACAGACAUCACGUGAUUCAAGGUGGGACGAACGUAAAUGACACUCACCUAGGAAUCGGUAACCAAGGCUUCCACGGUUCAAUGCCCAUGGUGACGUCACAUCUUCAUACAAAAAUUACACGACACGUGGUACGCGCCGACAGUAAUGUGUCGCUGUCACAUGACGAAGUGAACUCCUUUGAAGACGAAGGAGACGAUUCUGACGUGGAUGACUUAAGCGAGAUUGGCAGCGGGGACGACGCAGACUGGGACCUUCCGGAGGACUCUUGGGAGCAUCAUUUCGUACGACUUCGUGACGGAAACUAACCAAUGGCAUCUAUCGACAUAAUGUUCAUUUUUUUUUAUCUGCAUUAGAUACAUUUUGACCUGAUUACAAGGUGGUUGACAAAACAGAAACGUGCGACACAUCCUCGAAAUGCGCAGCAGAAUAUCGGUCACAUUGUGAUUUGCUACAAGUUUUGUCCCUAAUUCAGUGAACUGCUUCCUGGAAAUAAACAAUCCGGUCAUUAAUGAUCAAUCUCACAUUUUUUUUCCGUCGAAAAAUAUUGUGGAUUACAAUAAAAUCUUUGCUCGAUUGAUAUAUUUUGCUCAUAAAAUUCAAUUGAAUAAUUGCGGUCUUGUUAUUUACUUGCUGCGUCGCUUGACAAUUUAGCAUCUAAUCAGCUUAUACUGGAUUAAUUAGACAAUUAAUAAGUAGAAUGUUCAGACUUGGAACUAGAAAAAGGCAGUCUAAGUCAGGAAUGUAAAAUUAUCCAAUUUCAAUCGUAUUAAGACGAAGUUUCCUCACUUAAGACCAGAAGCUCACCACAUAAUGGUCAACCGUGAUGAGUAUUAUGUUGUUUAUGAAUCGAUACAUAUUUCUGUUGCUGAUGCAUCGUAGGUGGUUAUAGACACGAUCUUAAAGGUUUACAUUGGAAAUGAUUCAAUUGUCACUUUUGCUGUAGCUUAUGGGUAAAAGUUUUUCGCGAGCUGUCGGUGUCAUCGCACAUCCCGGGGUUAAAGCGCUCAUAGAAUUCGCAACCACAUUCUUGAUUUUUGUCGUGUUUUUUUCAAAUAGGAUAAUCAGUACGGAAUAAUUUAGUACAGGUUUCUGCUGUCACCAGCAGCGCUGUCAGCACUAAAAAGAGAUGCGAUAUCGUUGCAAA